AUGAACAGGAAGGUAGUGGAGUACAAGAUUAUAGACUCGAAGAAGGACAUUGCGAAAAUCUACGAUGCGAAGGAAAAGCCAAAGAGGAAUAGAAUGCUGCUUUCUGAAUGGCAAAGCCUGACGCUUGAGCAAAGCUUUCGAAUGAAUCCGUAUCCUGGCAGAGCUGAGAAGUACAACAUGUUUAUGAGGACAAGGAUUCCAAUGAAAAACAUCAACAUCUGGUUCCAGAACAGACGUGCAAAGGAAAGGUCGUUAUAUGAAGAGGGCUUGCUGAGCAUUGAUCGCCCGGCGCCAGCUUGGAGCGAAAUCGAGACAGCAAACCAGCAGAUCUGCGAGGACUUAAACAAGUACUACAGAUAUUGA